UGACGUGAAAAUAUGUACCGGAUGACGUGGGCUUGGUUGUCGUUUCUAGAGAACGCAAAUCUCACAAGAGGAUUUCAAUGUUCACGAUGUUUUACAGCGUUUCUCUUUAAUGUCGUUUAAUGACAAUUUAGGGAAAGUGAUACGGUAUCACUGAACAAAAACAGAACGGAACUUUUUAUUGUUAAUCUGGCAAGCUCCCCGUUGUUUAACGGUUUAAAUGGACAGCAGCUGAUCAGAUAUGACGCCCAGAAGCUGAAGGCAUUAAAACCACAUAAUGGUUUUCUUUUUUUAGUUACUUUCUGCUUACUCAUUUGAUUUUAACAUCAGGGUAGAUAUCAGUUGACUCUUAGAUCGUGUUUGCGGGCUCAAAGGCUGGCUGAGGUGAGUGUUUGUCGACUGGAUAGUGGUAGCUAUUGCUAUUAGCUAAAGAAGUGAGCUGUGGACAGUGAGGGACCAUGGAUUUCGACAAUGUGCUUUCCAUCGCCACUCAGAAUCGAGGGCUCAGCGUCGUACCGAAACGGUAUAGCUUGAAAACUGGACCACCCAAGAAAGAUGAAAGAGUCAAAGGUGUUAAUUCGGCUGCGGUGCAAGCCUUCUUGAAAAAACAGGCCAUGGACCAAAGGAAAAAAGAAAUCCAGAAUAAGAAGGCAAAAGAAGAACUGUUAGCCAAAAGAGUGGAGCUGAAAUCAGACAGGAAGGCACGAGCAAUGGCUUCACGAACCAAGGACAAUUUCAGAGGAUACAAUGGCAUCCCUGUCAUAGACCAGCCCAAAAAGAGGCAGUCGAAGGGAGGAGACAGAUCAGAAGAGCAGGACAGGUCAAACACAUAUGAUGAUGAUGAUGAUGAUGUUGAUAAUUAUGACUAUGAGGGUACAGAUUCUGAAUCUGAGGAACAUGAACAAAGCAGGCCCAUUAAGCCUCCACCUCAGUCUCGGGCGGAGUUCUCCAACAAAGCUGACAGCAAACCGAAAAAAGCGAGUGCUCCACCAAGGUCGGCCCCACCAUCAAUGAACUUUGCAGAACUCUUGAAACUUGCGCAAAAGAAGCAGUAUGAACCUGUUGAAAUAAAAGUAGUGAAGAAGACCGAAGAGAGGCUCAGAACAGCAGAGGAGAUUCGAGAACUCGAAAUGGAGCGCAGGGUUAAGUCACAGAAUAAAGGCAAGGACGCAAAACCAGACAAGAAUCCAGGACAGAAAGACAUCAGAUCUCAAUCCAGCUCAAAUUCUCAGAAGAAGAAUGUAGACCGAGAUGGCAAAAAUGGGAAAUUGCCCAAGCCACCAGUAGAAAAGUACCAGUCAAGUAGUGCCAGCAAAAAGCCAAAGCUUCAAGCAUCCAGUGAACGAACUCCAGCUUCUGCCAAACUACAUGGAGACAGGAACAACUCGGGCUCAUCGGGUGUCUUAAAUGGUAAAUCUGCCAUGAAACAUGGUGCUCCGUUUACCUCAAAACAAGCACCACCUAGACCACCGCAAGGCCAAAGGCCCACAACCUCAAGUGACCUUACCCCAAGGAAGGGGAAUACCUCAGUAUCUCAAGGGAAAUCAAGUAUUUCGGGAAGUCGCCCUGUAGCUACUCCUGGUGGAGCCAGAUCAGGGCAAGGACCGCACAAAAACUCUGGGCAGGGGAGACCUAGUAACUCCGAUAGGGGUGGGCAACCUCAGAAACCAGCAAAACCAGUACAUUUAUCACGACCUGGGAGCGUUGCUCCUCCUCGGCCUGGUAGCAAUGGACUUGUACGACCCUCUUCUGGUGAGCCCUCGAAGCAACCAAGACCAGGUGGUAGUUUUCAAGGUCAGCAAGUUCCUGGAAGCUCCAGGGCCUUUACAAAUGGACCAAGUAGGAUGGGAGGUAGUGUUUCUGGGAGACCGGUAAAUGGCAUGGGCAUGGGAUCUGGCCCUGGUAGACCUCAAUGCACUGUUGUUUCAGAGACUAUUUCAUCAAAGAACUUUGCAUUGAGACCUGGGAUGGCUUCGGGGCCACAAGGGCCCAGGACAGUGAUUGCCCCCUCAGGCCACAGAGUCUUGGUUAAACCUCCUGGACCAUCGUUGCCCCCCAUAACAUCCGCUUACAAACGCAAGUAUGAAGAGGAGGAAGAGUACGACUCGGAGAUGGAUGACUUCAUCGACGAUGAAGGAGAAGACCAAGAUGAAGUUUCAAAACAUAUCAGGGAAAUCUUUGGUUACGACAGGAGCAAAUAUAAAGAUGAAAGCGACUAUGCACUGAAGUUUAUGGAGAGCAGCUGGAGAGAUCAGCAGAAAGAGGAAGCAAGGAGUUUACGGCUGGGUAUCAAGGAGGAUGAGGAAGAAAUGCGAUUGGAGGAGGAAGAGAUGAAAAGAAAACUAGCAAUGAAAGCAAACCGGAAAAAGAUUUAGUUAACUUGACUUUGAUCUAGUCUUGUGUGGUUGGGACCGAGCGGAGUGGAAAUGUGCCACAGACAUUGUUACACUAUUUAUUUGAAUGGCCAAACCGUGGGAGCAGGUUUGCACUAUCAUGAGCCCAUCUGACGUUGCUGAGCUUCGGAGAAAAUCAUGUAUGAAAUUAAUAUCUGAGAAUCACGAUGGCAAUUUUUUUGUAUCUGUAGAAAUUAUGUAAGUAUAUUGAUGUGGGUGCCUUACACCUCAUGCACCAACUGAUUUCGGGAGAGUUAUUUUAUUACGUAUAGUAUAGUAUUUAAUUGACGAGAAAAGACAGAAGACUGCCGUUUUUCCAAUGUAUUUUUUGUUAAAAUUAUUUGACAGAUGCUUUUGUCCCGUCAUUUCUUUAUUCCAUAUUUUUGCUUUAAUUGUGGAUCUGGUUUCUGGUUGUGGAUCUGGAACUCAAAUAUUAACUUUAUCACUUUGCACAUGGCCUUGUAAUGCGAAUUACAUCAUUCAAAGUUCAACAUGUCUUGCUUUGUCUAUAGACAAGUAGUCCACAAACUAGUUUGUAAUAUAUUAGUUGCGAUGCCGUGGUCUUUUGUGAAUAAUCUUUACAAAUGCGAAUUAAAUAUAUUAUUGCCACCACAGUA